AUGCCGUCGACAGCGCAGAUGAAGCUGCGUUGGGCAGCCACCAGAGUUGUCGUCGCAGCUUUUGCAGUGGCUGCUUCCCAAUCGUUUGUCUCGGCUGAUGACAUCAGUCCUUCGUUGAGGAGGUCCUUCGCAGGCAUCACCUCCAAGCAGAAAACUACAUCAAGCUGGAGAACAAGACUCCAAGAAUUCGGAAGGCAGGAUUUGAUUAAUGACGCGGUGCAGACUCUGCAGACCAGUGACAUGAGGAUGCGAAGUGCUAUGCUUGGCGCGCUAGUGCUUUGGGGUGGCCUGUGGCUUGCAAAGGUUGUCACAGGCUAUUUGGAAACUUUGGCAAGACUGGGUGUCUUUGGAAGAUUUGCUGGGGCACCUUCAGUUGUAGCGUGGGGUGCAGGAGCUGGGGCAUUUCACACGCUGUCGGGCCCAGAUCAUCUCGCAGCUUUGGCUCCCCUGGCUUUGCGUACUUCCGGCCCUGGAAAAGCUUUCCGCACAGGUGUUUUCUGGGGUUUUGGCCACGUGCUUGGACAAGUGCUUUUGGGGAACUUGGCUUGA